AUGGUAGCUGAUCUCAACUUGACCAAGGAGUUCUUUGAUAGGCAGGAGACCGAUGACACCUUACAGAGGAUCAGAGAGCAGUACUUAGCCUCUAAGAAGAAUUUACAGGUUCUGAUGAUGAAGCAAAAUGAGGAAGCAUCUAAUAGCCCACGAAACUCAGAAAGAAUACGAAAUGACUCGCCAGUAAAUCAUUAUGAAUCCAUGAUACCUUCUGGCGGACCUGUUUUAGGAGGACCUUCAACAGAUAAUGUUAUUUUAAUGAAUGAAGUACGAUCGUUGAAAAGAAUGGCACUUGAACAACAGUCGCAGAUAAGUAAAUUGACGAACGACCUGAUUAUACAAAAAAAUACGACAUCCGAACUACAGAACAAGGUGUUGGGAUUACAGUCCCACGUUGAUUUUUUGGAAAACGAUCUUUUCAAUUAUUGUGAUCGUCUUUCGUCGCAUUCGGUGACCACACCAUCAACGGCAACUCAUAUGAGUGGUGCUAGAAGUUUCACACCCCAUCCUUAUUCCCCAACAAUCGAAGACAAUACUACUAGAUUGAUUCAUAUAUCGAAGCCCAAAUAG